AUGAAGCUUCAAGUAAUUUUAGGUGCUGUUUAUGUGAUUUUUAUGUGUUCUAUGAUCACAACAAGUUCUUCUUAUAAUGUAGCAUGUUAUUUCGCAAGUUGGUCAGUUUACAGAGACGAAGGUGGAAAAUUCGAUGUAUUUAAUAUAGAUCCACAUCUUUGCACACAUGUUUAUUUUGCAUUUUUAGAGAUGUACGAUGAUGGUAGGUUGCUCAUAUUUGACUCAUAUGAAGCUAACGGCACAGAAGAUGGAGGACAUUAUGAUGGAUUCAGAAAUUUUGCAAAUUUGAAGAAUGUGAAUCCAGAACUGAAGACUCUGAUCAGUAUAGGAGGGUGGAAUGCAGGUUCAAAAAAUUUCUCAAUAAUAUGUGCUGAUCCUGUAAAAAGGCAAAGACUCGUCCAAGAAUCUAUAAAAUUAAUGGAAACGUAUAACUUCGAUGGUUUUGAUAUUGAUUGGGAGUACCCCACUCUUAGAGAUGACGCUCAUCCAGAAGAUAAAGAAAAUUUCGUAGAAUUAUUGAAAGACUACAGUGCAGCUCUGAAACCAAAAGGUUUGCUUUUAAGCGCAGCUUUAGCAGCAGCAGUGGAUAAAAUUGAAUCUUCAUAUUUUGUGGAACAAGUAUCAGAGUACUUAGAUAUACUAAAUAUAAUGACAUACGAUUAUCAUGGAGCAUUUGAUAAUUUUGUCGGUCAUGUUGCACCUCUACAUGCUUCUCCAUUAGAUUACGAACAUGGAAGAAACGCAACCUAUACAGUAGCCACUGCCGUGGAUUAUUGGAUAUACAAAAAUGCUGACCCAUCUAAAAUUAACAUGGGACUUGCAGCAUAUGGUCGAACAUUUACUUUGAAAGACAAGGCAAAUACUCAACUGUAUGCACCAGUUCUUGGAGCUGGACCCAAAGGAAGAUAUACUCGUAUGGACGGUACCUUGGGUUAUAAUGAGAUUUGUCAGUACUACUCUGGUACAGAUUCAAUUUACUAUUGGGAUGAUGAUCAAAAAGUGCCUCACAGAGUUGUUGACGAUACUUGGAUUGGUUAUGAGGAUGAAAUAUCCAUAGGAUUAAAAGUUGAUUUUGCUGUUUCCAAAGGACUUGGAGGAGUAAUGAUUUGGUCAUUAGACACCGAUGAUUUUCUCGGAACAUGUGGCAGAAAAUACCGACUACUCAAUGUCGUGAAUGAUAGACUAAAGUACUGGGAAUCACAGGAAAAAAAAUUAAAAUUUGAAUGCUUUUAUAAAUAUAUGUUGUAA